CCUCCCUCCCGCCGAGGGCACCGAGAAAUGGCCCCAGGCCCCGUGGUCGCGGUGGCGCUCCGCGCAUGCACAGCGCCGAUCUCGCCGUCUCCCCACAAGCCUCGCGAGAUCUCAGGUGACGCCUGGGCUCGGCCGCGGCUCGCGGCAGACGGGAGGAUGGCAGCGGCAGCCGGGCGGCUCCUGGCGGUGACCAUGGCUCGCUCGGGGCGUGCGGGCUGGGGCGAGGUGGGCCGAGCCCCGGCCAUGCCACUAGUGCCCUCCCGGGGCGCCACCGUCACCCGCAGCGGCGCCAUUUUGCCCAAGCCGGUUAAGACGCCCUUCGGCCUCCUCAGAGUGUUCAGCGUCGUGAUCCCUUUCCUGUAUGUUGGUACUCAGAUCAGUAAGAACUUUGCAGCCUUACUUGAAGAACAUGAUAUUUUUGUCCCAGAGGAUGAUGAUGACGAUGAUUAAAGGGUGAACACUGGAACCCAUCAGAACCAACUGGUCGGUGUUACAACACUGAUCUCUGGAGUAGCUGGACCAUUCAGACUCAUUGCAGAAAGGGAGAAUGGAAGUAAUUCACCUUUAUCUGCACUAUGCUACACUUUCUUCCAUCUUCUGUGAUUCUAUUUAGCUUGCUCUUGUGUAAAAAUUUGAGUUUGGGUGUAUUUAAUUCUUUAUAGAACAAAUAAACUGUUUUAGAGAAGUUAUUGUAAAUCACGUAGAUUUAUAAUCAGUUUGGUGGAUGUAUUCCAGUUGAUAAGGGGUUUUCCAGCAUGCAUUAUGCAGCUAAAAGCUAAGACUUAAAAGAUUGCAAAGACUGCACUAGCCUGUUGGAAACUCCCUUUAUUUUAACCCCAUCUUAUAUUGUUUUUGGGAGGAAGAUACAGACUGCAGCUCAGUAUAUCUGUAACAGCUUGUU